AGACUGCAUUGGUUCUGAUCUGACUGGGUGGUUCUGCCCCAUCAGCAGAUGACAGUGGAAAAUGUCACAAGUGAUAACCUGGCUGGUUUUCAUGGGGCUCCUGUUAGCAUUUGGAGCAGCGGAGGAGGGAGCUGCUUUCUGUCAGAUACUGGGGAGUUCAGAGUUCCCUCUGCUGUCUAAAAAGGGAGAUGUCAUGAUUGGUGGAGCCUUUUCCAUCCACAGCAAAAUCACUCAACCUCUACUUUCUUUUACAGAGAAACCAACACGUCUCACUUGUUCCAGUGUCAACCCCAGGGAGUUUCGAUUUGCCCAGACCAUGAUCUUUGCAAUUGAGGAAAUAAACAAAAGUGAAUUUCUUCUUCCCAAUGUUUCUAUCGGAUACCGUAUUUAUGACAACUGUGGCUCAACAUUAACGUCAAUGCGCGCAGUGAUGGCCCUGAUGAACGGUGAUGAGUGGAGUGUGGGAAAGAGCUGUACUGGUCAAUCAGCUGUUCAUGCUAUUAUUGGGGAGUCUGAAUCCUCUUCAACCAUUGUGCUUUCACGCACUACUGGACCAUUCAAAAUACCAGUGGUAAGAGGGAAGUCUGUGUGUAUCAAUGUGUAUAUUAUAUGCAACCCUCCUUAUUUUGCCUUUCUCUUUGUGUAUUCUCAGAUAAGUCAUUCAGCUACUUGUGAGUGUUUAAGCAACAGGAAAGAGUAUCCUUCUUUCUUUCGAACCAUUGCCAGCGACCUCUACCAAAGCCGAGCCCUCGCCCAGCUAGUCAAGCAUUUUGGCUGGACUUGGGUCGGAGCAGUCAACAGCGACAGUGACUAUGGCAACAAUGGUAUGGCUAUCUUCCUUGCUGCAGCUCAGGAGGAAGGAGUGUGUGUCGAGUAUACAGAGAAAUUUCAUAGGGCAGAACCAGAAAAACUCAAGAAAGUGGUAGAAGUGAUCAGAAAGAGCACUGCCCGGGUCAUUGUUGGUUUCCUGGCCCAUGUAGAGAUGAACAACCUUCUACAGCAGUUGAGUCACCACAACAUCACAGGCCUGCAAUUUAUUGGUGUGGAGGCCUGGAUCACUGCUGACAGCCUUGUGACUCCCACCAGCUUUAGUGUGCUAGGAGGUUCACUGGGCUUUGCUGUACAAAAGGCCAAUAUCAGUGGCCUGGAUGAUUUUUUGAUCAAAGAUUUCUGGGAGACAGAGUUUGAGUGCAAGGAGACAAACCAGGACACGAUGACAGAAACUUGUAGAGAAAAACAGGCUCUAAUUGAGCUUAAAGAUUAUGAUGAUGAUGUGGCAGAGUUGAGAUACUCCAGCAACAUCUACAAUGCCAUCUAUGCUGUGGCUCAUUCUCUGCACAGCAUCCUAAAGUGCUCCAAAAGUCAGGGGUGUGAAAAGACUGCGAAGGUGUCUCCCUGGCAGGUGGUGGAGUCUUUGAAGCAAGUGAAUUUUACCAUUAAAAAUGGGGACCAGGUGUCAUUUGAUAGCACUGGAGCAGCUGUGGCUCGGUAUGAGGUGGUGAACUGGCAGCAUGGAUCAGAUCGCUCAGUCCAGUUUAAACCUGUUGGCUACUACGAUGCCUCCCUGCCUCCUGGACAGAAGUUUGUUCUCAAGACUGAAGCCAUAAUGUGGCCUGGAGGAAAGACAGAGUUGCCUGUGUCAGUGUGCAGUGAGAGCUGUCGUCCAGGAACUCACAAAGUCCUUCAGAAAGGAAAGCCAGUCUGCUGCUUUGACUGCAUACCAUGUGCAGAGGGAGAAAUCAGCAACAGCACAGAUUCUAAUGACUGCAGUAAAUGUCCUGAAGAGUAUUGGUCCAAUCAAAACAGAGAUGCAUGUGUACUCAAAAAUGUUGAGUUCCUCUACUUCACUGAGGUUAUGGGUAUAAUACUUGUAUUUUUCACUUUGUUUGGUGUUCUCCUUACUUUAAUUGUGGCCACUCUAUUCUUGAUCAAUAAGAAUACUCCCUUAGUGAAGGCCAACAACUCUGAGCUGAGCUUCCUGCUGCUCUUCUCAUUGACUCUGUGUUUCCUGUGUUCUCUGACCUUCAUAGGCCCACCCUCUGAGUGGUCCUGCAUGCUGCGACACACAGCAUUCGGCAUCACCUUUGUCCUCUGUAUCUCUUGUAUUCUUGGGAAAACAAUAGUGGUGUUAAUGGCCUUUAAAGCGACACUUCCAGGCACUAAUAUGAUGAAAUGGUUUGGGCCUGCACAGCAGAGACUUAGUGUUCUGGGCUUCACUCUCAUACAGGUUAUAAUUUGCAUACUUUGGCUCACAAUCAACCCUCCUUUUCCCUUCAAAAAUAUGAAACUCUAUAAAGACAGGAUUAUACUAGAGUGCGCCCUGGGAUCACCUGUGGGGUUCUGGGCUGUGUUAGGUUACAUAGGACUCCUUGCUGUCCUAUGUUUUAUACUUGCUUUUUUGGCUCGAAAGUUACCCGAUAAUUUCAAUGAAGCUAAAUUUAUCACCUUCAGCAUGCUGAUUUUCUGUGCUGUCUGGAUCACUUUUAUCCCAGCAUAUGUCAGCUCUCCUGGGAAGUUCACUGUGGCUGUGGAGAUAUUUGCUAUUUUAGCCUCCAGUUAUGGAAUACUUUUUUGUAUAUUUGCACCAAAAUGCUUUAUCAUUGUACUCAAACCUGAACUAAACACAAAGAAAUAUCUGAUGGGAAAAAUGCAAUACAAGUAAAUCUAUAUAUAAAAUUUAGAGGAAAUGACAAAUAUAUAUUUUACUACAUUUCACAAUCUGUGGCUGUGAAUACUAUUCAUUUACAUAUGACAUUUUUUUAUCUUUCCCCUUUCAAAAUGUAGGUAAAAACAACAAAGCAACAAAAUGUUUUCAAUUCAACAUGUUAUUGUUGUUAUGUUAAAUGCUUACAUUUUCAUUUUAGAUAAUUUCAUCAUGUAUUGAAUCCUACCUAUCUGGUCUACAAUACGGACAGUUAAAAAACACUUACAUUCCAAAAAUCUUUUAAUAUUGGUAUCAAUAAUAAUUGUCUUUUACAAUGAAUUUGGUUCAUAAUUAAACUGAGGAUGCACAGUAUUAAUCUUUGUUUUAUUUCAUAUGAAUAAAAAAUAUUUAAAAUUA